CUUCCACAUCGAGGCAAUUGACCUUGACUUGUCUCUGCAACGGUUUACUACGAAUCUCACGAACUACAAACGACCCAUAACGACCACCCAUUAUACCCCUCAACCCAUUGACGACCACCAUGUUCCGCUCAUCAUCACCUCCACCACGAGUUGCCUCCCCAACGCCGAGGCAGCGCAUCAUGUCCUUCCUUGGAGGUGGCAGUCGCAGCAGCGGCCCCAAUACCAUCGAUGAUGGCUCUCCCGCUGCAUCGUCAACACCGCCACUGGUAUCUCAGCUACAGCUGCAGGGAGACCCCGCAGCCAGCCAGGACUCAACCACCAGCCACUUGUCUCCAUCUGCGCCGCCGCCUAUGGCCCGCCGUGCCUCCGUCGAUCAGUCUGAGAGCAUACAGCGCAUGCCAUCACGUACGCUGCUGCGACGGCGCUCCUCAGCAUCGAACACAAACUCGGGCACUCUAUUCCGAAAGCGCUCCACAAGUGGAAUCAGCAACAAGGAUUUCCCGCCCGUCGGCUCAGACACCGACGCCGGGUCGCAUACCCCAUCGUAUCGCUCCCCUUCACCCACCAAGAUGUUCUCCCCACGCUUCCUGCCCAACACCAACGGCAGCAACGCCUCUGCCUCAGCCACAGCCGAUCUCAGCAUUUCCUCACCGCCAGGCAGCCCGACAAAGAGGUCGCGUGCCCUCUUUCCCACUCGUGGUCGCAAGGACUCAGCAGCUUCCAUCUCAUCCGCAGGCAUCAGCUCAGGGCCAUCAGCGCCUAAUCCCAUGAGCAGGCCGACUAGUCCAAUGAAGGACCUUUUCGGCGGCUCGUCGUCCUCUGCAGCGGUUGCGAGGAAGGGAGGGGUCGACAAGUCUCUCAUCGGCUUGCCAACUAAUUUCAAACAUACAGGAGGAGGAGGGACCAGCAGCCCGUCGUUGGAGACGGCCAUUGCUCUGCCGGGUCUUGAAGCCCAUCUCCCACCAUCUUCACCUCAUAUGAGGAACAGGAAAAUCUCUGCUCCCUCCUCUCCGGGCUCAAGACAGCAGCCUCGCCUGGCUGGCUCAGGCGCUGAUCAUGACACGUCGCUGCAAGACUCUCUCGCCCAAAUCAACUCAGCAAUGGGGACUGGCUCCCCUGACCAGCCCACCUCAAGCCCAGACAUGUGGCAACCUCGCGAUGCUCGCCUAGACACGGUGAAAGAGGUACCCAGCGGCUUCAUCCAGCGCUUCGAGAAGAUGGGCCAGGCGCCUGGACCCCAGGGCGAGGGCUUGGGGGGGCUUGGGCGUGGAGGAACUAGGGCAGACGCGCGAGAGCUCUUUGGGGGCUCCGCUUCUGCGACUGGUCUACCAGAUGGCUCAGGCCAGCCAUUCAGAUCUUCCUCGCCCACCGGUCGCAUCGCCUCACAGCCUCCCUUGCGAUCCACCUCCCCCUUGCGAUCGGUUUCGCCUCCCUCGCGAGCUGCUGGAGGGAAUCGACCCUGGCCUGCUCGACCUAGUUCGCCGCCGGUGUCGCCGUCCGCGGCCGCUUCAGCCUCGAUGGACAAAAGCCUCUUCACUGAAGUCGGCGUCUCCAACGAGCCCUCGUCUCCGAUUAUGCGCGCGACCUCACCCACGAGGAUGGGGAAGCGAAAGCCUGUGCCUUCGCUCGACUCGACGUCAUCUCCGGUAACAGCAGGAGCGAGAGAGCAAGGGGCAAUGCGAUCUUCCUCCCCUUCUCGUCAAGCUCAGUCCCCCUCCGCUUCACCUCCCCGUCGACCCGCGUCGCCACCAGUCCCGGCCUCCAAGCCACAGCCUCCUCGACCCUCUUUCCCCUCCCAACAGCAAGACUGGGCAGCCACUCUUGCCGAGAUCUCAGACGCACUCAAUGCUCCCCUGCCCAGCGCUACAAAGAGCUCAAAGUAAACCGUUGGUUUCCUUCUCAUGACCUCUCUCACUGCUUCUCUCUUCUCCUCUCACGACCGCCGCGCAUCAACAUGCUGUACCAACACCUCUUCUAGACACAAUACCAUCAAUCCUGUCACAGGCCCGUUGCACGAGUGUGAAUACAAAGCAAAGCACCUGAUCAUCUAUCAUGGCCGAGAAGUGACAUCAAACAAAUACCAUACAUGUAAAGCUUUCGCCUGUCCAGCAGGCUUUUCCUGCCCUUACUCAUCGAUCUCCCCCACCCAGCCUCUCUGCCCGCUCGCACUAGCCGCAGGCAAGUUGAGCGGUCCCGCUCUACUACUGAAGCCAGAGGCCUUCCGUUUGGCUUGAGCGAGCAGCGC